AAAGCCCUAGAUCGACUAUUUAUAUUAGGGUUUCCGCCGCAGCUGGACACUCUUACGAAUACCCCUGCCGUCUCGUCGCCGUCUCCAACCCCAUCGCUUAUCGAAAUGGCUGCGGAGAGGAAGUUAUCGAAUCCAAUGAGGGAGAUCAAAGUACAGAAGCUGGUUCUCAAUAUUUCAGUCGGGGAGAGUGGAGAUCGCCUCACCAGAGCCGCCAAGGUGUUGGAGCAACUCAGUGGCCAAACACCUGUUUUCUCGAAGGCAAGAUACACUGUUCGUUCAUUCGGGAUCAGGCGUAAUGAAAAAAUUGCUUGCUAUGUAACUGUGAGAGGCGAGAAGGCAAUGCAACUACUUGAGAGUGGCCUGAAGGUCAAGGAAUAUGAGCUGUUGAGGCGGAAUUUCAGUGAUACUGGGUGCUUCGGCUUUGGUAUUCAGGAGCACAUUGAUCUUGGCAUAAAGUACGACCCAUCCACCGGUAUCUAUGGUAUGGACUUUUAUGUCGUUCUGGAGCGCCCUGGAUAUCGUGUUGGCCGCCGCCGUAGGUGCAAGUCCCGUGUUGGAAUCCAACACAGGGUCACAAAGGACGACGCAAUGAAGUGGUUCCAAGUUAAAUACGAAGGUGUUAUUCUGAACAAAGCUUCCAACAUUGGAGCUUGAGAGAUAGCCUUAUCAAACCUUGUGUUCUCUGUUCUGUUUUUCUUCUUAUGGGAUUUCAUUCGAAGACAAAAUUGCAGUUUUUUCCAUGAGCAUCGUUUUGAUCUAUAUGACUUUUGCUAAAGUGGCAUGUUCUUUUUACCCUAGUUUAUUUAUAUGAAUUUUGCUCGUCUGGGAACUAGUUGUGAUCGAUUGUAAAUUAGUCCUAGCUUUGGCAUUACUUUCAAAGGUAUAUGCAUUUAUAUUCAUGAAAAUUUGAUGGAUUUAACAUGGAUGGAUGUUAGAGGAAUGAUUGUGUUUCUUGAUAGAUUUCAACAA